UCCGUUCCCCAAUUUUCCUGGGGCUGUUGCGCCUGCGGCCGCGCUCCCUCCCUCUCUCUCGUCUUCUACCUCGCGGCGAUCCAGAUUCCGCAGCAACGGCCCCUCUCGUCUUCUCCCUCGCGGGCUCGAUCCCUCCGGAUUGGCGCGUAGCGGGUUCAGCGGAGAGAAACAAGUGCUGAUUGACACCAACAGGGUAUUCUUACCAUUUUCAGAUUCAGCUGGUUGAACAAAACUCGUAAAGAUGGCAUCAGAAGGGAACAAAGAUGUACCUAAUGAAACUUUGUCUGUGGACCAGUCAUCGAUUUCUGGUGUAAAGCGCAAGCGUGGCCGCCCAAGGAAAUACGAGUAUCCUGUAUAUGAACUACCACAGAAGGUACAGCCCCUCCAGAGCGCCCCACCUCUUCUUCACUGCACACAAGAUGGCUCAAGUAUGGCCAGCCAUACAUCAGGUGGCAGUGUUCAUGGUAAUUGGUCUGCUCAACCUAGAAAUUCGGCUAAUGUUUCUCUUCAAGGUAAUUCUGGCAAGGAUAACGUUCUUGGCAAGCAUUUUGUUGGCAAGCUGACCAAGAAAGUUCCUGGGUUUUCCCUCAUUACGGUAAAAGUGAAGGACAAUCAGGUGCUCAAAGGUUGGGUUCCAGAUGAAAUUAAUCUCCGUCCAAUAACACCUAAGGAUGACCUUGCCCCAGAGCUACCCAUGCUUCGACCGAGUCAAGUUCGAAAGCGAGCAUCAGCAAUUCAUAUGCAACCUGCUCUUCCUGUGCCAAUGCACCUGGAGGAUGUUACGCUUGCAAAGCCUCUGCAGAUGAGGAGACCUGUUGAGAAAACUAUUGCUAAGCAUGCUGUGCCUCUUGCUCCUAGGCCUUACAUUGGUUCUGGUGUUGUUGCAGCAGUACCUAUAUCAGUUGCUCCCAGUAAUCCUGAAAUGAGAACUUUGGCCAGGCAGGAUGCUGAACUUGUGAUCCCACAAUCAUCAGUUGCUGCGGUGCCAAUUAAAUCUGUUUGUCCUGUCUCGGUACCAUGCAAGCAACCGGCUAAUCAAAAAGAGUUUACUGGAAAGAAGUCUGUUGAUGAGGUUCAGAAAGAUUCAGAACCUCCAAAUGUGACCAAGGAAUCACCAGUGAAAGCUGAGAAACCAAACAUUGCUCUUGUGGAUGUAGUGGUCAAGGAUUCUCCAGGGGAAAGGCAACAGCUUAAUGAUCAAGUAACAGAUGUGAUUAGGGAAUCUUCUGGUCAAACUCAGAAUGUUGAUGUGACAAUGUCUGAUGAGAUCAAGAUAGCAUCAGGCGCCAGAGAUCAGCCAAAUUCUGCAAAUAGUGAACAGCAGAGUUCUAAGGAAGCAUCAGACAUCACAGAACAAUCUGAGCAGCUGAAGACAGAGACCGAUGUCAAUAAAGGAGUCGAUGCCUCAAAGUCAAAUGCCUCAGAUGACAUUCAGCCUGCGCAUGAUGAACAAGAAAUGAAGGUUGGCGGUAAAUGAAAGUAGAGAUCAAGAUUCAAUGAACACAACACAGAUCCUGAUGUUUAGUGAAAGUUUGCUGCCUGUAAUGUUUCUGUCAGGCUUAUUGGGAUGUAUAGCUCGAGUUUUUGUGAAUGGACCAAUGCUUUAGGUGCAGACUCCUACCUUUACAUUUUAGUUUUAUUCCCCUGCAAGUAUAGGUGAGAGAUUAAGUAGAGAUACAGAAACCCCAAAAAUAUCACCUAGGACAUCAGUUAUAGCACCAGAUAGAAUUGUAAACCAGAAAAAAAAAGGGGAGAAAGAAACAUUAUUUGAUGUACUUUCAUUUUUAGGAAGAUGACAUGACUUAAAGUUAUUUUGAACUCCUGGUCUUGUAAUAUGGCUUUUUGACAUUUGAUAAGCUCUGAUUCACAGGCAUAUGGAAAUUUGAUGUUAUACAGGAAAAUUUGCAUGAUAA